UACGACUUGACACUUGACCAACUUGAUCCUGUCUGGUUGCUCUUGACGACGACACAACACACAGUCGCUACAUCCUAAAUACUCCUUCUGCAGAGGCCAUGGCUCCGGCCCGUGUCUCAAAGUGCAGCAUCUACCGACCCAUCCUCAUAGGCAACACGGCCGAACCCCUCGGCGACCGUCGUAAUCCAGCCUCCGACCAUACCCAUACCUGGACCAUCGCCGUCAAGGGCCUCAACAACGCUGACCUCUCACCAUUCAUCAAGAAGGUCAUUUUCAAGCUACACGAUACCUACCCGAAUGCAGCACGGUCGAUUGAAGCGCCGCCGUUUGAAGUGACAGAGACAGGAUGGGGUGAAUUUGAUAUUCAGGUGAAAAUCUUCUUUGUGCAGGAAGCGUCAGAGAAGCCAGUGACGCUGUAUCAUCGCUUGAAACUGCAUCCCUAUGGACCUGAGGUUGAACGGCUCAAAGCAGCAGAUCAACCGAUUCCACAGGGGAUGUUGCAUGUCUCUAGUUGGCAGUAUGAUGAAGUGGUGUUCAAUGAACCAACGGAGCAGCUGUAUGACAUCCUCACACGCACAACGGGGCCUGGUGCUGGCGGCGGCGGUGCUCUCUUGCCGCUUGAAAAGUCCAAGGAUAAUGUCUUUUGCCAGCGCAGUGAACAAGAGGAACUCGAUCGACUCGAGAGUGCCAUCAGUAAAGUGGAUGCACAGACACGUCUAUACAGAGACAAGAUCCUGGCCAUGGAGAAGAAGUGAGAUAGUUGAUUGAUGUAUACAUGCAUGCAUAG